AUGUAAAAUAAUGAGACUGUCUUUCAAAGUAUAGAAAGUCCAAUUCAUAAUUAAAAUGUUUUAUCUCCUCGAUUUGAUGAAUUAAUUCCUAUAUAUUCUAAUGAUAACGUUGCUGAUUAACCUAUGGACUAAGCAUUGAAGUUAAAGAGAAAUAUAUUUGAAAGAAAGAAUUUUCGAGCAUUAAAUGAUGGACAUAAAUCUGAUAAUUCUAAUGAGAAUAAUUCUUUUAGUAGCUAUAAGUAAAUCUUCUUAAUUUAAAAUGACUAGUGAAAUUUUAUAUGAUGUAGGAUCUCUUAAAUCAAAAAAUCAUUCCUUCAUUCAAUAAUAGAAAAGUCCAAGUCUCUCUUAUUAAGAGUAUUAAACUAAUAAACCUUAUUAAAAAGAAUUGUCACAUUAAAUUCUAGAUUCAACUUAUAAUCUUCAUUAUUAGAUAACAAAGUUUAACUCAAAACUUGAAAAAUGUUAAAGUUUUGUUUAAUAAUUUGAAAUGCAAGAGGACAAACUAUAGAAAAUCAAAAUAGAACAAAAAAAGAAUUAAUUUAGAGCAAUAGAAGUUUAAUCUUAAAAAUAAUUGUGUCGAAGAGAAGAUAAUGUUGGGUAUUUAUUGGAUAAAAUUUAGGUUAAAUGAAAUUUGGUCAUAAAAGGGUUUAAUGAUUAUCAGAUUAGUUUCUAGAUUUAUUUAAUAAUUAAAGACAAAAACAGAAACAAUUAAAUUUAGACUUUUAACACAAAAAAUAUUUUCUGUUAUUGGGGAUUUGUCUAGUAACUUUGAAUUUAUUUUGAUUUCACAUUAAAUUAAACAAUAACCAAGUUUAGUAAUUAUAUAAAUAACAUUAGUUUCUUAUUUUAAAAUAUAAUUUUCAAAAAAAAGCAACUAAAUAUUUACACUAUUUUGAAUAUUUCUAAGAUUUUCUUAGUAAAAACAUUAUAGUAAUUAAACCAGAUAGUAAAUUUAAAAUAAUUUGGGAUAUAAUUUUAUUAUUAUUUAUUGUAAUGAACAUAUUUUAUAUUCCUAUAAAUAUAAGUUUUAACAUUUAAAUUACAGGAGCUUUUGAAUAUUUAUUUGAUUUACUUCCAUCAUGGAUAUUUGUAGCAGAGAUUAUAUUAAAUUUUAAUACUGCUUAUUAUGAUAAAGGUUUAAUGCAUGAAGAUAGAAAAUAAAUAGUAAAACAUUAUGUAAAAUAAAACUUUUUUUGGGAUUUGAUAGUUGCAAUUCCAUUUUUAAUAUCAAAUUUAAAUAUUCAAGUCGUAAGAUAUAUUUUACUUUUAAGAUUAACUAGAUUAAAUCCUUUGAUGGAAAGUAUUGAAGAAAUGCUUAAUUUAGAAGUAUAAAAAAGAUAUUAAAAUAUAGGAAAAUGUAUAAAUAGUUGUUGAUCUAUUUAAACUUAUAUUUUUUCUUGUUUUAACAGGUCAUUUUUGUGGAUGUGCAUGGCAUUUUGUGGCUUUAACUGAAUAUGAAUCUUUUGGAAUAACUGAAACUUGGUUGACUCAUUAUGAUCCUGCUGCUAAUGAAUAUCAUUGGUUUGAUAGAUAUAUAAUAUCUUUGUAUUGGAGUGUUAUAACAACAGUAACAGUUGGAUAUGGAGAUAUAGUUCCAGUGACUACAUUUGAAAGAAUAUUUGUUAUAAUAGUAACACUAUUACUUUGUGGUAUAUUUGGUUAUUGUAUAUCAAAUAUUGGAAACAUUUUUCAAUCUAUUUCAGAUAAGAAGACUAUUUAUAAGUUUAAACUUCGUUAAAUUCAUUAACAUAUUAGAAAACGUGGACUUAAUUUAAAUUUAUCAUUAAAGGUACCUAUAUUUUAAUAUUAUUUAUAAGGUUAAAAAGUAUUUUGAGUAUUAUUUUAAAUUAGAAUAAGAUGAAGAUAAUCAUGCUGAAUUCUUUUUAUCAUAACUUACUAAACAUUUAAGAGAAGACGUCUUAACAGAUUUAUAUCGUAUUACACUAAGAAAAUCUAGACUUUUAAGAGAUAAUUUUAAUGAAAUAACAAUUAAUAAUCUUUGUCAAUUUGUUAAAGAGAAAAAGGUUUUACCAGAAGAAGUACUCUAUUCUUAAUAUGAUUAACCUAAAAAAAUAUGGUUUGUACUUUCAGGUGCCUUAGAAUAUGUUGCUGAUCAUAAAAGUAAAAUAUAAUUACAUUAUGUAAGAUGAAAAUGAUAUUUAUGAAGCUACAGAGACAUUUUUGAAAAAAGUAACUGUUGGGUAAAUUAUUAAUUCAAUUAUUUAGAGCUGUUUUAGGAGAAAGAGAAUUCAUUACUUAAUAACCUUAUGAAUACAAAGCUAGAGCAUUGAAAUUUACUUAGAUGGCUUAUAUAGAGUAUUUAAUUUAACAAUAGAAUAUAGUUAUGAUGAUUUUAUAAAUGUUAUUGCAGAAAAUGAUAAAGAAUAUGAAAUAUUUUGUAUGAAAAGAGACAGAUUGUUAUUAUAUCCAGCUUUUAAGGGUUCAGGAAAUGUAUGUGAAAUAUGUGAAUGGACCCAUAAUUUUAUUUAGUAUUAUAUUAUAUAGAUAUUUUUAUAAGAUGUCCAUUCGUUUUUUUAUAACCUAAUACUAAUAAAAUUGCAAAUAGAUUUACUACAAUUAAACUCAAUAAUAGAAUUAAAUUUCCUUAUCGAUUUGUUAAAAAGUCAAGAGCUAAAGAUAUUUUAAAUAAAACUUAAGAAUGCGCUUUAAGAAUAAUUGUUGGAAAUUUAACUGAAUAGUAAAUCUUUUUAUUAAAAAUAUUUUUAGAGAAUACACAGAUGAAUAUUUGAUUUCUUUAGGAUUUUAAUUGAGUCCAAAUAUAGAUGAUAUAUCUCCUAAAAAUGAUGAUUCUUCUUAAAACUAGUAUGAUUCUAAAUCAAUUUAAAAUUUUGAGAAAUAAAAUACCAUUUAAUAAAACAAUAUGAGAAUAACAACUGAUUUAAGAGAAAGUCGAGAUUUAGAUCUGGGUAAUUAAAUGAAAAAAAGUAUUAUAAAUUUUAAAAGAAUAAAAUUUGGAUAAGAAAGAACAAGAGCAAUUUAAUUUUAAAAAAAAGAAAAUUAAGAUAAGAUUUCUGAAACAUUAGAAUAAUCAUAAAUGUUGACUAUUCCAACUGCAUAGAUUUAAAAUAAAAAUAAUAUACUUUCUAAUAAAUAAUUUUAAUAAAAAUCAAGAAGAUCAUCGAAUUUUGAUGAUUUUGGAUUUGUAUAAGUUUCAUAGAAAUUGGGAAGUUUGGCUUAAUAAUUUGGUUAAUAGGAAUUUGAAAAUAAUAUGUGUCCUCUUAAAUAAAUAAGUAGAAAUAGUGAAGAAAGUGAUAUGAAAGACUCAAUAAAAAUUAAAAGGUAAAUAGAAAGUUAAGAGAGAAGAUUUUAGAUAAGGGGAGAAUAAAAAAGAAAAUUAAAGAAGACAACUAUUUAAUUUGGAUAAAGACAAAAGAAACGAUCAUAUUAAAAUUCUAAUUAAAGUCCAAUUUCAUAAAAUUAAUAAUAGAUUAAAUAAAUAACAAUUUAAUUUGAUUAACAGAGAAAUAGAACUAGUUUCUUAGAAAACAAAAAGAAUUUGGGUUAAACAACACAUCUAACAAGUUCUGGUUUAAUAGAAUAGAAAGUAGAAAUAAAAGAAGGAUCUUUAAAUGAUUCAUUGCAAUAAAAGAUAUUUGAUAUAAUGUAUACUAACGUAAAUUUAGAAAUGGAUAAAUAUAAAUCAACUUUAGAAUAUUUUCCAGAACAUAAUGUAGACAUUAUUUUGAAAAAAAUAGAAAUGUAUUAUUAAUAAAAUAAAAUGAAAGAAAAAAAGAUGUAUAAAAGAACUAAGUCUAAUCGUAAUUUAUUUGAAAGAAUUAAAGCUUCAAAAAAUACAAUUAUAAAAAGCUUAUUGAAUAAUUCUAAAUCUUAAAUAGAUGUAUAAAAGAAUGAUGAUAAAACUUGA